AUGCCAAACCCUGCUCUCCUAAAGGCUGCCGGAUACGGUUCACUUCUUGUUGCCAUAAAGCAUGCAGCUUCCGGAAAACAAUUCCAGCGCCUCCGCCAGUUUCAAGACCUGCCAAAUCUUGCAUACACAUGCAGUACAGUCGGAUGGUAUCAAGGCAGUGGCUACUUGAUUUUAACAGCUCUCCUCAAUCUCCAUUGGGCAAGAAAUCCCAAAGCCUUGGAAGAACCACUGAACCGUGCCAUGGCUGGCCUGCUUGUCCUCAUUGCUUGGGCUAGCUCUGGUUGGUAUCUUCGCAGAGGAGUGAAGGCGAGCGGAAUUCUCACAGCGACUGCCGGUAUAAUACAGGCCUGGGCAGCCCUUCUCUGA